GGCGGUCGGUGCUGCGGAGCGGCGGCUCGGCGGCGGCGGCUCGGCUGGAGCGAGGGUGGGAGCGGCCGAGACCAUGGCUGGAGGCAAAGCUGGAAAGGACAGUGGGAAGGCCAAGGCCAAGGCAGUGUCUCGCUCACAGAGAGCUGGGCUCCAGUUUCCCGUGGGCCGCAUCCACAGACACCUGAAGACCCGCACCACGAGCCACGGGAGGGUCGGCGCCACGGCCGCGGUGUACAGCGCUGCAAUCCUGGAGUACCUCACGGCCGAGGUGCUGGAGCUGGCGGGUAACGCCUCCAAGGACCUCAAGGUAAAGCGGAUCACCCCGCGCCACCUGCAGCUUGCAAUCCGCGGCGACGAAGAGUUGGACUCCCUCAUCAAGGCAACCAUCGCCGGGGGUGGUGUGAUCCCGCACAUCCACAAGUCCCUGAUUGGAAAGAAGGGGCAGCAGAAAACCGCCUAGAGCACUGUUUUAACCAGCCCCUCUCCCGUCACUGCACUGUAACUGGGACAGAAGAAAUAGUGGGGACAUGGAGAUUUUUAAAAGAGGCAAAAGGAAAAGCUUAGACAAUUACUGUAGACACAAUAAGAGACAUUUGUACGUUCUUAGGCUCAAAGUUUGAUAAAGUACCUUUCCAUGUGGCAGCGCUCGUGUGGUGAUUGGCUAGGUUUCUCCCAUGUGUUUUAUACAAAAAUGGAAUUGAUAAACCAUUUUUUACAAAAAGAA